UCUCAUUUCUCUGCGCCUCCCACACUCAACAAGAGCCGAAACAUCAAACUCUACAACCAUGCCGCCCAAGUUGGACCCGAGCCAGAUCGUCGACGUCUACGUCCGCGUAACCGGAGGAGAAGUCGGAGCCGCCAGUUCCCUCGCCCCCAAGAUCGGUCCUCUCGGUCUCGCCCCAAAGAAGAUCGGAGAAGACAUCGCCAAAGAGACAGCCAAAGAGUGGAAAGGGCUCCGCGUCACCGUGAAGCUGACCGUUCAGAAUCGUCAAGCUAAGGUCACGGUGGUUCCGUCUGCCGCAGCUCUCGUCAUCAAGGCCUUGAAGGAGCCGGAGAGAGACAGGAAGAAGGUGAAGAACAUCAAGCACAAUGGGAACAUUUCGUUUGAUGACGUGAUCGAGAUCGCUAGGAUCAUGAGGCCUAGAUCGAUUGCUAAGGAGCUGAGCGGGACUGUGAGGGAGAUUCUGGGGACGUGUGUGUCUGUUGGGUGCACUGUUGAUGGGAAGGACCCGAAGGAUCUUCAGCAGGAGAUUCAAGAGGGUGAGAUUGAGAUCCCUGAGAACUGAGGAAUCAAAAGAAAAUAAUUUACCUUUUUAGUUUUGGGUUGUUGUUGCGUUUUGUUAUCUCUGUUUAAGAAUAUUUUGUGGUUUUGAUUAUCAGAAUUUGAGAUUGCAUUUGAUGUUCUAUGCUAUUGGUAUCUACAAUGUUUUGCCUAUUGACGGUAGAAAGAUAGGCAUUUUCAGGCUA